AUGCACCAGCAUGCUGGCCAUCCCUCCAUCACGUAUCAGCUUCCUGCUGCUACCCUACCGACGACCCAAGGCGCCGUGAAGGCUGCACACGACCUGCCAUCAUCAUCACCAUCAUCGCCGACCCUCACAAGCUCGCCGCCCUUCCAACCUCUGCAUGAGCAGCCACCCUCCCGAACCAGGCCGCUAGAGACCGCUCGUCGCCUGCGUGCUUCCCAUGCUGCAGACACUUCCUGCGGAGCCGCUUCUGCCAUGGUCUCAUCAACAUCUACCGCCGCUGUUCAGCGCAGCGUUCCUGUCCCUUCCGCCGCCCAUCGCACUGUCUCGAUGGAUUCGACCUUGUCUUCGCUUUCCUCGUCAACUGCUCCGCAGCCCAUCGUCCGCUCCCAGUCAGCCAUCUCAUUAGAGCCGACCGACAUUCCCACCCUAAUCGCAACUGCUGGCUCCCCUGAGGCCGCCAUAGCGAAGCUCUUGCAAGAGAAACAGUCAGCUUCCACGCACACAACCCAACUAUGGAGGCUUGUGGAGAAGCAAAGAGCCAUGAUUCUUGGCCUUAACAAGGACUUGGAACGCACACUUAAAGAGAAAGAGAAGUAUCGCAAANGGCUCAAAGACCUGCUCGGCGAGCAGUCUUCGCGUCCACCAACCACGAGAGAAAGCCUUGGUUCUGCAAGCCUUGACAGCCAGUCUCCCAACAUGCCCGCAUCCAGUCCUCCCCUUCCCACGAGCACGUCCCUAGAUAGCCUGCCCACAGGCUUGCAACGUCCCAAUCGUGUCCAGACAUCCGACUCAUCAUCUUCUUUGCCCGGUCUUCCAGGACGCUCCUCUGCAAACGGCCCGCAAACUCCUAGCAUUACCAACACUCCACAAGUGGUAUCACCCAAAGCCUUCUCGAGUCCGAAUCAGAGACUACGUAAGGAGAAGCCUGCCCCCCUGGAUUUGUCGAGUGCCCCUACUAUGCUUCGCGAAGCUUCGGAUUCGGAUGAGACCCCCCACUUUCAAGAGGGAAGAAAAAAGACAAGAGCAGAUGAUGACAGGCUCAGGGAGGCAUUGGCCAACCAAAGCCAACAAAAAGAGACAACUCAAGCUAGCAGCAGGAGUGCUCCUCCUCCUGCCGUCGACCGACGUGUCCCUGCCCCUGCCGAUCUAGACGCAGACCCAGGACUGCUCAGCGACACAGAUCAGGGUGUACUCAGUGAUGCCGAAACGAUUGAUUUUGGGUCUCCUCAGCUUGCCCAGGUUCAAGCAUUCCAGAGCAUGGGUCAGAUGGUAUCGGCCGAUGCUCCUGCCCAAACCAAACGUCAUCCCGUGUCUCUGACCGUGCUGAGUCCCGGUCUUCCUAUGAGCCCUCGUCCUAGCGAUAGACCCAUGAAUUCACCCAUGCCUAGGGCAUUGAAACAAUCACUGACCUCAAUACCUACUUCUCCCCGAGUAGGAGGACAGAUGCCAUUAUCACCACGCGCCCCUCGCCAACCUAUUCCUAUGCCACCACAGACCCCUCUUUCAUUUGCGUCUCCCCAUCUGGCUCGUGCUGAGACCUACCACGCCCUUGCAGCGAACUCCAUGUCUGAUAGGCUUUCCGUUCCUCCGCAACCUCGGAUGGCAGAAUCCGAGCAAUCUUUGAAUGCAUCCGCACCAAGGUCUCCUGGUGAAAUCUACCGCGGAUUUGUAUCCGAGCAAUAUCCUGGUUUCCUCUUGCCUCCAAAUGCUCUUCNNCCUUCGAUCUAUGUGAAAGUCGACUCAUCCCGCCUGCGACCAUCAAGACAAAGUUACAUGGCACCAAAACCGUCAGAGGAAAACCCUGUCAUCACGCUUGCCGUUNUUUCCAGAUCUGAUCAUACACAAUUAUGGCGCGUGGAAAAGUCAUUGACUGCUAUGUCCGUCUUUGACCAGCAAAUCAAGGUCGCAUCCAAUUUUAGAACAAAGCUUCCAGAUCGUUCUUUGUUCACCGGACACGCUCCUGCUCGAAUGGACGCUCGCAGAAACGCCCUCAGCCUUUACUUCGAUAGCAUGCUCGAUACACCUAUGGAUGACCAAGCUGCCGUCAUCAUCUGUGGAUUUUUGACUGCUGAUGCGAUAGGUCCCGAUAUGCCCGAGUAUUUCCCUCAGGAAGCGACCAAUCCGAUUAAGAACUCCGCAAACCAAGGUGGGGGUGUUCGCAAGGAUGGCUACUUGACAAAACGUGGAAAGAACUUUGGUGGUUGGAAAGCCAGGUACUUUGUCUUGGAUGGACCGACUCUCAAAUACUUUGAAGCUCCUGGAGGUGCACUUCUAGGCUCGAUAAAGCUAUCGAGUGCGCAGAUUGGCAAACAAGCACAACAUGCGACACGACACGAGGACGACGAUAGCGACAGCGAGUAUCGACACGCUUUCCUAAUCCUGGAGCCUAAACGCAAAGACUCCUCAAACCAUGUGCGUCAUGUGCUUUGCGCCGAGAGCGACGAAGAACGCGACGCCUGGGUUGAGGCUUUGCUGCAUUAUGUUGACCAAAUUGCGUCUCCCUCGAAUUUGAGAAAGCAAGAUUCGCUACGCGCCACGCGCAGUCCGCGUCUUCAGAAGUCAAUGAACGAUCUUUCAUCAGCGAGUUCAAGACCAUCAGACAGUUCUUUGAUGCUGCGUAGCAUCCCUUACCAAGCUACAGUACCUGCCGAAGCACCUGUAAUUGGUCCAAGCCGCGAUCUUGCUACGCCAUCUCCAGUCAACUCUCCAGCCAUUGGUGAAAGCGAGUAUAACCACGAUUCUAGUCACCUCCCGCAAAUCUCUGGUCCAACCAACGGUGCAGUAAUUCAGAAUGCGGAAUCAUGGGGCAACAAAAGAGAUCCUGUUACUCAAACCAAGGACAAAAAACGAAGCAUUUNNUUUGGAUUCAGGGGUCGGUCGUCGUCCGAUACAGCCCCUGGCAGUGUGCCAAAGGAUCUGAUUCAAAGUGAAUCACCUGUUCUUGUUCGGCCAGUCUUUGGUGCUCCUUUGGCUGAAGCUGUGGAAAUUGCUCCACCAUUGGACGUUCCUGUUCACCUUCCUGCCGUGGUGUAUCGAGCUAUCGAAUACUUGAGAGCGAAGAACGCUUCGUCCGAAGAAGGCAUUUUCCGUCUUUCCGGUUCGAAUAUCGUCAUCAAGGCAUUGAAAGAGCGUUUUAACACCGAGGGAGACGUCAAGCUACUCGAGGGCCCAUACUAUGAUAUUCAUGCUGUCGCCAGUCUGCUGAAACUAUAUCUUCGAGAACUGCCGGCAAGUAUUCUUACAAGAGAGCAUCAUCUUGAGUUUCUCAAGGGUUUGGACGUUGAUGAGAAAGUCAAGGUUGAAGUGUUCAACGUCCUUGUGAACAAAUUACCACGGGCGAACCGAGAAUUACUGGAUAUUCUGAGCACGUUCUUGCGCGAAAUUGUGGAUAAUGAGGGUACAAACAAGAUGAGCGUCCGCAAUGUUGGCAUUGUCUUUGCACCAACCCUCAACAUACCAGCUCCCCUAAUAUCUCUCUUCGUUAUGGAAAACACCAGAGUUUUCGGACCUCCGAUUGACAUAACUACACCAGUAACGCCCUAUCCUGUAGAUACACCAAUCUCAGGAGUGACACCUGAAAGUGUCAGGUCGCCUCGACAGAAGCCUAGCAGUGAUUUUUCAGCGCCGAGCUACAACCAAAAUGGCUUCUUCCCACAAUCUGCAGCUCCAAGCCGUGAUGCUUAUGAUAUUGGCAUCUCUUCAUCUCAGAUGGCGAACAAAGAAAAUGGACCGCCACUACACAGCGACAGGUUCCCAGGAUCGAAUGGCAGUCGUACAACACAGCUGGGUAAUCCUAUGAGCAAACAAGCCAAACGGGAGAGCAACACAUUGUUCAUGAAUCUUGGACCCAUGAGCCUGAGAGAGUCUCCACUCAGCCGGCUGCGGGAAGACGAGUGA